ACCAUUUUAUUUUUCAUAGUUUGACUCUCUCUAUAAAAUCCUCUGUUUGCUUUAAACAAAGAAUCAAAACAAGCAUUUCUGGAAAUAGAAUUAUCAGCUAUGGCUUCUUGUUCGACAGCCGCGCCUCUCACAACCGUCGAUCAAGGCGGUGGCACCGCGAUCUCGACUGUCCAUCCCGACAUCAUCCAGACCCAUAUCCUCACCCGACUCGACGGCCCCACUCUCGCGUCCGUCGCGUGCGCGUCGUCCCAACUGCACGCCCUCUCCACCGAAGAAAAACUCUGGCGGGACAUCUGUUUCGCCACGUGGCCCUCUAUCGACCACCCGCGUGUCUGCAACGUCAUCUCCUCGUUCCCAUCCGGACACCGCUCCUUUUUCUCGGAUUCAUUUCCAGCCCUCGAUCACCGGUCUCCGGCGCCGAAGAAUUCCCACCGUCAAUCUCUCCCGUCGGAGCUAAUAUCCGCCGUCGAUAUUCACUACAAGCACGAGCUUAUCUUCUCCAAAGUCCAAGAGUCCGACGCCGAGACCGAGUGGUUCCUCUGCUCGCCUUUCCGGGUCGACCUACUCGACGAGAAAGAAUCCGUUCGAACGCCGAUACGACACGCCGGAGAGAGCGAAGCGUGGCUGAAGCACCUUGAGGAGAACUUGACCCUGAGCUGGAUCGUCAUCGACCCGGCCCGAAAUUGCGCGGCGAAUGUGUCCAGCCGGAGACCCGUGUCGGUGAAACGGCACUGGUUGACCGGCGAGAUACAGCUCCGGUUCGCGACGAUCAUGGCGGGCGAAAUGACCCCGACUUCGUCUGAGUUGGUGCAGUGCGGGAUGGUGGUCACGUGCGGGGGGAAGGUGGGAGGGGAGCUGCAGGUGAGGGAGGUGAGCUUGCAGAUGGAGGACAUGGAGGGGAAGUAUAUGAACGGAAGGGACAGUUUGGUAAUUUUGCAGGCCGCCAUGGAAACCGGGAAGAGAAAGAAGGAGAGGAGAGGUGAAGGGAAAGAGAGGUUCGAAGAGUAUUUGGAGAUGAAGAGGGAGAGAAGGGAGAGAAGGCAGAAGAGCGAGAGGGCUUUGGACUUGUUAUGCAUUUUCACUGGGGUUACCAUUUUCGUGGCCUUCUGGUCCUUCGUUUUGUUCAGAUAAGGAAACCCGUUAGUUCUACAGUCAUUACAGUUGAUAUCAGUACGUACGUACAGCAAAGAAAAAGUAUAUUCAUUAUUUGAAUAAAUUUAUUCACGAAAAAUGAUUAUUAAGUGCAUGCAUUAAUGCAGUAAUUGUAAGAUAUAUCUUGAUGACAUUUGGUGAUUUUCUCACCAUUGAUUGUAUCAUUAAUUUAAUAAACCAUUUUAUUAGUUUA